CCGGGCGUCUGUCCGAUAACGACCCGAGCAUCUCUGGCAUCCAACGCAUUUAAUAAUUAGAGCAUUAUAGCCGCGCUGUAGUCGUCGUAAAAGUGGCAUACUGGUAGAUUUUGUACCACAUCGUUGUUUUCUCGUAACAUCGACUGACAUUAUGAAACUUUAAAUAGUCUUUAUGGCUAUGUGAAAGGUUCCUGAGGCAAUUAUAAGUGCUUACUGAAACCUAUACGAAACAUUUUUGGUUCAAAUCAUUCGAAGUGAAAAUUUCUUCUCAUCACGAGCUUGGGGAUCGUGCGAUUUCAACGUCGGCGAUGUUAUUUUCCAUUUUAAUCGAUACAUGAGACCUGAGGUCAAGAAUUUGCGUAUUUGAUGUGGAUUGCCUCACUUUGAAGAUAACUCAAACAGCUCAAACUUUUAUCACAUAUGACACGGAUUAUUAAAGAUGAGAUGCUUAUUUUGACUAUUACAUUGGAGUAAAGGGCAGAGCAUCAUCACCGCACCUUCAGGAUGUUCAAGCGAGGCUGUGGUCUAGAGUUUCUCCUGGUGCUGUGCGGUUUAGAGUUAACCCAGGCAUGUCCCCAUCACUGCAUCUGCUACGACUCUCCCAGCACGGUGAGCUGCCAGGCUCACAACUUCCAAGUGGUUCCGGAGGGAAUCCCAGCCCAGAGCGAGCGCGUCUUUCUGCAGAACAACAAGAUCCAGCGACUGCUCCAGGGCCAUUUCAGCCCGACCACUGCCAUGCUUUGGCUGUACUCCAACAACAUCUCAUACAUCCAGCCCUCCACGUUCAUGGGCUUUACCCGCCUGGAAGAACUCGAUCUGGGGGACAACCAUCACCUCCGCUCAUUGGCCUCUGACACAUUUCAGGGCCUGACUCGACUCCAUGCCCUGCAUCUCUACCACUGUGGCCUAAUCAGUCUGCCUACUGGGUUAUUUGAGGGGCUGCACAACCUGCAGUACCUCUAUUUACAGAACAACCAGCUGGAGUUUCUUGAGGAUGACAUGUUCAUUGAUCUACUCAAUCUCAGCCACUUAUUUCUGCAUGGAAAUCGCCUGUGGAGCCUCCACCAGAACACUUUCCGCGGCCUCGGGGCACUAGAUCGCUUGCUACUCCAUCAAAACCGACUCCAGUGGGUCCAUACACAGGCUUUCCACGACCUGCGUCGCCUGACAACCCUCUACCUGUUCAACAACUCUUUACCUGAGCUGCCAGCCGAGAGCUUGGCUCAACUACCCGCACUGGAGUACCUGCGUCUCAAUGACAACCCUUGGGAGUGUGACUGCAAGGCCGUGCCACUCUGGGAUUGGCUGCGGCACUUCCGUGGCUCCACCUCUGCAUUAAUAUGCGUGGCUCCACCAGAACUGGCAGGAAAGGAUCUAAAGCGGUUAACGAAAGAGGAACUACCUUCUUGUACGGGCUCAGAGUCCCUCCAUCAGAGCAAAUCCAGCAACCAAGGGGACAUAGGGGUGUCACUAAAGAAAGAACAUAAUCACCGAUCACACAAUCAUCAUCAUCCUCACCUGCCACAUCAAGAUCAAUACUAUACCACUUCCCCGUCACCUCUUCCACGGCCGCCCAAAUCUGGCCGACACAGAAACUGCACAAGGCAUCGUGGCCGCAAGAGUAAUGGUCAGAAUGAGGUGUAUAACCUCAAGGAGUUAGCCAAUAAGGAGUCUGAUGAAAAAUAUGACCCUUUAAAGCCUAAACUAAAGAACAAGUGCAUCCCACGGACUUCAGUGGGGCCCCCUAGUGGUGUGCAAAGGGCAAACAGCAAGGCGGUGUCCCUCUUUGCACCUCGUUACAUCAUCCCUGUUUGCUUAUUGGUGUCUCUCACUGCCCUUAUUUUCCGCUGAGCCCAUGGAAGUCUCUAUUAAUGGUUUUACCGUAAAGUCAGCCCUCUGUCUACUCUGGCUCCUAACACUUUUGUGUGUGAGUGUGUGAAUGUGUGCAUACGUGUGUAUGUGUGUGCAUGUGAACAAAUGUGUGCGGUACCUUGGCGAGCCCAUGUUGAGGAACAGAGGACUUGUAUGAACUUGCCGGCCUGGAAUAAAACUGGAGGUUAAAACAAACUCUGGGGUUUGAGGACUCAAAGAGAAAAGACACCAAAUGGAAUCCUCAAUAGUAUGCCUCCAUUUUUACACCUGUCUCAAAAUCGUGGGCCCUGUCUCUUUAUUUCCUGUUGCUCCUGACAGAUUAACUUGAUCUAUAACCAGGGAGUAUACAAUAACAGAAGAAGAUCAUCUUAUUUGCAUUUGUUCAGUGCAUUCAAUUUUCAUUACACCUCUGCAGAAUCAUUAGCUGCCCACUGUGGUCAAAAUCAGCACCAUUAAAACCUUAAUGUCCCUGCCCUACCUUUAGACCUGUAAACAGGCUAUGGCCCAGGCUCUCAGCAGGGGGAAAAGUGUGAGCCAAAUACAUAAACCAACCAAUAUGGCAGAUGUACACGUGUGAGCUGCUGGACUAAUGUGUUUCUCAACAGUUUCUGAGGGAGGGUUGAUAACACAUUGAGUAUGUGACAAGUUAAAUAGAUAAGCACUCAAGAGAGGUAUGGUGUUUUAUUGUUAUAAGCAGGGGCGCAUUAACACACGGGUGAAAUCUAGACGCAACAGUGAAAGCCAUCCGUGUAGAGCAUCUUUUGCGCCUUUGGUUAUAAGAUUGAUUUUUUUAUUACAUAGGCUAAAUAUUUUAACCAUUGUUUUGGUUGCAAGAUUCGCACAUUAGAUUCUGCUGUUCUGAAGCUGCUAUGUUUGUACUCUGAGGUCACUAAGAGAAAGUAAAGUUUUUAAAAGUGUACGAAAGAUUAUGGGAUGUCUCUGGGUUUGUCUGUCUAUGUGUGUUCUAUAUUUGUUGAUUGUAUCUUGAGCAUAGUAUUUUGGAAUGAAAAGCAGAGGGCCAAAUUUUUCUAAAGACAUAAAAAGUUCAAGUGAGGCUCGUCCAAAAAGCGUAGCGUGUUAUCUGUCACUUGGUCACAAUAGUUUGCUCUUUUCUAACCUAACAAGGUCAACAUGAAACGGCAUUCGCAAAUCAUUUAACUUCCAUAACGUGAGAUUUCAGUGUGAAACAGGAUAUUUAACUAGAAAAGAAUACAGGGAUAGAACUUUGUUUUAUCCAUUAGGAAUUUAAUGGAAAAGGUAGUGAAUAAUUGUUUCUAUCAUUGCGCGACCCUGCGAACACAUGCAUGGACGUUGUAUUUCAGUUUCGCUAUACACAACGCAAGAUUUAAAUUCAUUUAAACAGACUGAUCUCAGUUCAGAAGACUCUGGGCUGUCAGUAAAGGGAUAAACAUUCGAAGCACGGAGUCAUGUGACAAAACAUGGCCCCGAUCACAGCAGAGUUUGUCUUUGGGUGAAACGCCAACAAUACUACAUCUGGUAAGAAUCCUAAUUAAGUUUUUUCAUUGAAACCUGUUUGAGUCAAAAGAUUAGAGUCUCUAGUUUAAUCCAAUAUGCCAUUUUUAAAAUUUGAACAAUUUAUCGCAAAACACCACGCUGCUAAAUACAAUGUACACAAUAGUUUACAAUACCGCUAUUUUUCCUUAGAAAUCCUAUAUUUACUGUGCAUUAUCACAUUGAGAAUCAGUGGGUUCAUCUAAAGCUACAAAAUGUUGCUUUCAGAGGCUUUAUAUGGAGUUAGGAUGAAAAUUAUGUGCAUUUCAAACUGUUCUGAGACCAGUGCAGACAGCACACUGGAGAUUAAGUAAUUUACUAAAUAGGGAUCAAGGGAGCAUCCUAUAGCUUUCCUAUGCAGCCAAGUGCAUUCACUCCUAACAUGAUGUUUGGACCACUCAACAUGUUUGGCAGACAUGGGACAAUGGUAAUCAGUACAUAGAUUCAGAAUUAAAAUGUAUAAUUUUAUUUGAACAUGGUUGGCAGUGAUUUGAUGAUGCUGGCCAUUACUUUGAAUCAGAAUUAUUUAUGCUAAAUGCUUCAGCACUGGCUAUAAAUUGUUUGUUUGACUGUGCAAAGAGAUAAAAUUGAGAUUUUUUUUUUUUUUUUUUUUGCCAAAGUAGAAAAAAACAAAAACGUAACAUAAAAGUAAAAUCGAGUAAAAUCAGUUUUAUUUGUGUUUUUCACAAUACACAUUGUUCCAAAGCAGCUUUACAGAAAAUCAGCUGUAAUGUCUCAAAAACAUAAAUAAAUCAACACUCCUGGAAGAAUAAUAAACAAUUUCUAUGGCUUGGUAUCAUUUAAAAUUGUACAACUUAGUCCUGCUGUCCACAUAUGUGAACAUAAAUUUGUAGUAAACCUUUUUUUUAUUUUUUUUUUUUAUGUUUUUUAGGUGCUACUUAGGAAAAUGUACACAUCAGUCACACUUGGGUCUCAAGAGCCUGUGUGACAGAUGAUUGGAAAGGGAUAGAAAAAUAAGAGGGCUUGGUGAUGUCAGACAAAAAAGUAUGUUGUUUUAGAGAAGGACCAAAUUAUACAGUUUGAUGCAAAAGACCUUUUUUUUAUUUAUUUAUUUUUUUUUUUUAUUUGGAACAAUAUGCACCAAUGUAUCAUUCACAAAAAGACCAGGAAUGUGUUAGUAAUUUUGAUUUCACGUUGACUAAUAUAUAUAUAUAUAUAUAUACAUGGUACACUCAGAGAAAUUUAACAGGAGGACUCAAAAGCGGGGAAAUUUAGAAAGCCACAAUGGACACUGCAAGAUCUGCAGUAGAGUUACAGAAUGAUCCUUGCAGUAAAUUGAGGAACAAAUCAGUCACUCACAUUCUCUGAUCCCUCCUACUGUUGAGCCAUAGAAUGAAAUGUCUGUACUGGAAUACUAUAGCAAAUUGUCAAAGAAUAGUCACAGAGCUCCCUUUUGGACAGGUGGGGCAAUAGCACUUUCCCGCUUCCUUCCCUUGAAAGACUUUCUACCUUUUGAAGAUGAUUUAAAAGCGAACCUAGAAUAUUAUGACAUGUCCAUUGUUGACAUUUAUUUGUUUGAGAAUAUUUGUCACUUGCUAAAAAAGAACUGUGUCACCAUCUGUGGGGACGGAGGAAGUUAUUUUGUAUUCAUGUACUCUUUAUUUUUAUAUUUGUUUGCCUGCAAAAUGCCAUUUUUGACAUACAAAGUGCACCAUACUAACACCUUUAUAUUGUCUUCCUCAGUAUGUCCUUCCUCCCUUUCUUUCUCUUCUCUCAUGACUCCAACUUUCUGUCUGUUGUUAUUAUCUAACACCACCAGACUCAGAAGCUGUUUCUUAAGAACAUUAAAGAGAAAUGUGGUUA